AUGCAGGGAGCAGACGAAGAGUAUCCUUUCACGCCGCUCGAUGUAGCGGAGCCAUCCUUCCAAGCCGGCAAGCCAAGUCGUCAUGUUUAUGAGCUUGAAGAUGCUAUCGACGACUUCGAAGACGAUUUCGUUCUUUUCUGCUUCUUCGAAGAUCUGCAUGCGAUACAAGCCGAAAUCACUCAGGUCUGGCGAAACUUCAGAGACGGUAAGACUGCGCUGGGCGUGGCGACCAUUGUUACACAAGCAGGCAUAGACAUGGUGAAACGCUUGGAGAAGGAAACUAUGGCGAAACGCAAGAACGUCUUGGACUCCCGUGACUCCUACACAGAAUUGGCACUUCCUGUGUACUACGCAGAGUCGUGGAAGCAAGGCCUAGACGCGAGUGAAGUACUGAAGACACCAAAGUCGCUCGAGCACCAACCGUUCCACGACUUCAUAUACCUUCCAACCGCCAAGACACUGUUGAAGUUUGCGCAAACAAGCUCCAAGACUAUCGAGAAGACGGCAUGGCCGCCUCCAAUAUAG